CACCAAACCGUUCAGUAUAAAGGUCUCCGACGACGCCGAUGACUUGGCCACAUCCGUCGUUCAUUCAGCUCUCUAUCUCUCUUCGGUCGGCGACGCUUAAGCGAGCGCACGGGGAGAUGUUCCAGAGCGGUUUGGAGCGACCGACAGCGAAGAAGGAAAAUCACCGACGUGGGGCUGGCGGGCGUCAAAAAUGAAUCUUCCGUCGUGUUUCAUCUCCCUGCAAUUGUUCGCGACGCUGAUACUUCCCUCUAAAAGUGCGACGAUCAGCAACAGGCCACAAGAGGUUUUGAAAGGCGGAUGUAACGAAACAACGCACUACUCGUCAAAACAUGGCAUCUGCUGCGAGCUCUGCCCAGCAGGUAGCAAGAAGUUGAUGGAUUGCGAUUCCAACAAGACCGGCUCGUUCUGCACGGGUUGCCGUGCAGGAGAAGGCUACACGGACGAACCGAACAGCUCCAACGAGUGCAAGAAGUGCACCGUUUGCAACGUGACUUCCGAAGACACUGAGAGGAGAUGCACCACCAAGGAGGACACUCGCUGUCGCUGUAGAGACGGCUUCCAGAGGGCUGCCCCAUUGGACCCCUGCACGGAAGCGAAGGGAGAUGCAGACGUUGCUGGAGCUGUCAUCGGUGUUCUCAUCGGUGUUGCCAUCGGUGCUGUCGUGCUCCUCAUUCUACUUGUGGUGACCGUGGGCCUCCUUCUCUACAGAAUCUUCCGUAAACGCUUCCCUGGGGUAAGUCGCGGUGGCUAG